AUGGAGCCGGCGACGACGCACUGCCAGUACUCGUACAAGGUGUGCACGCUCCCCCGCUCUCAAAAGCGCAACGGGAGCCUGCACCAGCUCUGCGAAUUCCACCGCCAAAAAGCCAACCGGAUCCAGCAAGCGUACACCAACAAGAAGCGCGCGCUCAAGGUGCAGCGCGACAUUGAGCCCGUGCCGUUUAUGGCCACAGGAGCUGCCGUCGCGAGCGACCGAGUGGAUCUUCUAACCGCCUUGUUGUUCGACGACUCCGACGACGCAUGGGCGUCAGAGGAAGCGCUGGUCAUGACGCCGGACGAAACCCGCAUUUUGUACGAGCUCCUCCAUAGCACGCCAGUCUAAUUUAUAAAAUGCUCUGUCCGAUUCGACACAUAUGAUCCUUGACUUUGAUGCGAGCGAUUGAGAGCUCUAGUAAUAUACACAAUGUAGUUUGAUUUCGCUGGAUAACUGCUAGGGUAACUUAGCUAAAUAUUUUUAUUCGCCC